CUCGCAGCCGCUCUCUCGUGACGGGUCAGCCGUGGGGACACGCCAGAGCAAUCCAGAGAAAAACGGAAAUGUUAAGAACCGUGGUUGAGGUUUUAAACUCCACAAACUUUCAUACAGUCCCGCUGCAUCACGCUACGGUUGCAAAAUUACAUCAGCGAUCUUCGCUACCUACCGAGUAAAAAGCAUUUUGGCGGUAACAAUCUACACAGAGGCCUAAACAUUGGAGAUCAGUAGGCCCAAAGCGACAAAAGUUGCAGUAAAGAGUUGCAGAACACAAUUAUCUAAUGCACAGUGUCACCAACGAAUUCAGAUCUACAAUUCGUUGAGUGUCACAGUACAGUGUUUACGGACGUCAUAGAAUAUUCAUCACUCAAAACCGCGAUUUCAAUGUCAUCGAGAGCAGGUACAGCCACCACGGCAUCUGUACAGGAAAAUGAAGAUUUGGAGGAUUUUCAACCGCAGUCCAAAUUAGUGAAGGAAUUAGAGGGUAAUGGGAUAGCUGCCGGGGACAUAAAGAAGCUUCAGGAUGGCGGGUAUUAUACUGUUGCAGCAGUGGCCUACGCACCUAAGAAACAUCUUCUCACAAUCAAGGGUCUCAGUGAUGCAAAAGUUGAAAAAAUUCAGCAAGAGGCUGCAAAGUUAGUUGUCAUGGGUUUUAAAAGUGCAGGAGAAAUUCAUACCUACAGGGCCAAUACCGUCUACUUAUCAACUGGCUCCGCAGAAUUAGACAGGCUUCUGGGUGGUGGAAUUGAAACAGGUUCAAUAACGGAAAUAUUUGGAGAAUUCAGGACAGGAAAAACACAGAUAUGCCAUACCCUGGCAGUGAACUGUCAACUUCCAGUAGAAAUGGGUGGUGGGGAAGGUAAAUGUCUCUAUAUUGACACAGAGGGAACUUUCCGCCCAGAAAGAUUAUUAGCAGUGGCGGAGAGGUAUAAUAUCGACAAAGCAUCGGUUAUGGAUAAUGUUGCCUGUGCCAGAGCUUACAAUACAGAUCACCAAACACAGCUGGUAAUUCAAGCAUCCGCUAUGAUGACAGAAUCCCGUUAUGCUCUAUUGAUUGUCGACAGUGCUACCAGUCUUUACAGAACAGAUUAUUCUGGAAGAGGAGAGCUUUCAGCUAGGCAAAUGCAUUUGGCUAGAUUCAUGAGGAUGCUUUUACGAAUUGCCGAUGAACAUGGAGUUGCUGUUGUUAUUACAAAUCAGGUCGUAGCUCAGGUCGAUGGUGCAGCUAGUAUGUUUGGAGGGGAUCAGAAAAAACCUAUUGGUGGUAAUAUCAUUGCACAUGCGAGCACGACUCGUUUAUAUCUCAGAAAAGGCAGGGGAGAAACUAGAGUUUGUAAAAUAUAUGAUUCACCUUGUCUGCCAGAGAGCGAAGCUAUGUUUUCCAUUAAUUCAGAUGGUAUUGGUGAUGCCAAGGAGUAACUGUUAGGUAACAUAUUUUAAUCAAUGUAAGAUAAAGAUUUUUAUAUGACACUGACUUCUCCUCAUUGGGUAAUAUAAUCACUUUUUCAACUUUUCUUUCCGACUUUCGUAUUAUUUUGAGACAGGUAAUUGUUACAUUAGUUUUGUCAUCUAAUCAAAUCCGAUCAAAUGAUCUGAAAACGACCAGUGAUAAUUAUCCAAUACUUGUAUAAGAUGUAUAUUUAAACGCUGUCUAUCAUAAUUUUAAUAUAUCCUAAUUUAGUUUGUUCACAACUUGCGAUAUUAUAUGUAAUAAGUGUACAAAGAGAUUCUUUUUCAGUAAAUAUAUUCUAAAUUCCCGGUAAUCAAAUAUUCCCGCUGUGUGUGCAAUGUCUUGCGUCAGAGCGCCCAGAAUUGUUUGAAACUAGGAUCCCCACCUGAAACGCCUGAAAAACCGAAGUCAUCAUAGAACUCGAAGCCAUCUUUAUUUUAAAGUUGGGUUGUUUCUUGUUAUUGUAAAUUUUCUUUUCAUCUUUGUGGUUAAAUUUUAAAUACAUUUUAUAAUAAAUAGCCUGAGUAUUAUCAUUAGUGCACGAUUACGUCUGGAGAAAACUUAACCAGAGUUAAAUAAUAUCAGUCGGGAACAUCACCGGUAGGCAUAAUAAGCCAACAGUACAAGUAUGCACAGGACAUUUGAAAUCGCCGAACGGGACAAGUGCCAAAAUACAAGCGGCCGCCUCCUUGACGAGCAUCCCCUUAACUUCCAAAUAAAAUGUAUUGACACCCGCAAGUUUACAAUUAGGAAAUUAUUCAUCAUACAUAUCUAUAGCAUCUAAUUAAUAAUGCUUAUGAAUGAAGCCUUACAAAUAUAUUCAUAUUUUGUAUUCAUCAAAAUUAUUGGAGCAAUGUUGUGAUAAUGAAAUAAACAUACAUCUUGUGAAUGAUA